AUGGGUAUUAUCUUACUGAUGGAAUCUACCCUAGAUGGGCUCACUUUAACACAAACUCGUCAGGAUCGUUUAUUCGCAAAACACCAGGAAGCUGCAAGGAAAGACGUUGAACGCGCAUUUGGGGUCCUUCAAGCUCGUUUUGCCAUUAUUAAAAAGCUGUCUUUGGCGUGGGAUACCGACAUACUCCACAAUAUCAUGCUCGCCUGCAUCAUAAUACAUAAUAUGAUCGUUGAAGAUGAACGAGAGACGUAUCAAAAUAACGUUAAUACCAAUGAGUUUAUGAAUGCUGGAGGCAACGCUAAUGAGGACACUACCGAGUACCGUACUGAUCGUAUUGUGGAUAUCGGCUUAUACUUGUCUCGUAGAAUAGAGAUUGAGGAUCAACAGACUCAUUUGCAGCUAAAAAACGACUUGGUCGAACAUAUAUGGAAUAAAUUUGGUAACAACGAAAACUUAGGCAACUAG